UCGACGGAUAGGCUAGGCAGACACUGUGUGCUUCAACCUGCUAAGGGAAGGCAAUGUUUUUUGUUACGUUAAAUUCGCUCAAAGUCACAACCAAAAUAUUUUGAAAUCGAAAUCAUCAGUAUGAAAAUUAUUUAUAAGUGGAAGUGACAUGUGAGCAUGCGGCAUAUGUGGCUGUUACUUUUGUGUGAGAGGCGACUAUAAAACAGGAACCAACAGUAUACCUUUAUCAGAUGCAAAAAAAUAAUAGUCAACGAAAUGUUGGACAGAGUAAAUCGGUAUACCGGCUGUGAGCCGUAUCGGCGUGCAACAUGUUAUUCUCCAGACCAAUGGAAGUGUUGACUGGAUACACUAGCCUACAACGUGCUCUCAUCGGUGUCAUUACUAAGUGGUGUUGGGGAUUUUUUCACCAUGUAGCCAAUUCCCAAAGCAUUAAUGAUUAAGACAGGAAUUAAGUUGUAUUUAUUUAUUGGUGAAAGGCAGCCCGUGUGGGAUUACUGUGGGUUUGUCCUCUGCCCCACAGAUAGACAUGUGAGCCAUGUGGAUGUAUUCCUUCACCUCUCUCCAAAUGGACGCGCGUGACGAAUGUUCGGAUUGUGAACCCGUAUUAUCAUCAUGAUUGGCGGAGUAAGGACACUUCUGUUGCUAGCUCUCAGUGUUGCAGUAACCGUACAACAGCCCGCGGAUCAACAAAAUAAUCUCUUUGACAACAAGUUCCUCGACAACGUUGACUCUCAACAAAAGAAGGAAAUACUUGAAGCGUUUGAAUCGAGUCUAUUGAAUUUGUUCAGCCUUAAUGCUCGUCCCAGACCAAAAAAGGAUAUUAAAAUACCUCAGUAUAUGAUUGACUUGUACAAGACUCACACAAGGGAUCCCGAUGUUCUGUCGCCCAACUUUAACAUUCGAGGGAAAGGUGUUGGCACGGCCAAUACCGUGAGGAGUUUUUAUCAUAAAGAUGCCGAAGAACAUCCGGUGCAGAUGACGGGUUGUGGGAAGGAGAACUGUGUACGAGUGUGGUUCAAUGUUUCAAACAUUCCCGUGGAGGAAGUGUUGACUGCCGCGGAGUUCCGCGUGUUUUUUGACAAGGAUCAUAGUGCUGUUGAAAAUAGUAUAAAGAAGGGGCGCCUACGAGUGGAGGUUCUUCAAGUGAUGAGACCAAUUAAAAAAGGUCAGGAUUCCAUAACGAGACUGUUGGAUGUGAAACAUGUGAGUAGUCGUAAGAACGCUUCUUGGGCGUCUUUUGAUGUACAGCCUGCUGUGUUAAAAUGGAAAAAUUCGCCGGACUCGAACCAUGGAUUGGAGGUCAGGAUUUUACCUUAUAACAACCAUCCGUCUAAACAGCCGAUACAACAUGUACGUUUACGGCGAGCUACUACCAAUUCUGAGGACGAAUGGCAUUUACAAAGACCUCUUUUAGUUACUUAUACUGAUGACAAUCGCGGUAAAUCGCGGACAAAAAGAAGUAGUAGUAGGAAGUCUAAACGGAGGAGACCACGCAACCGGAAGAGGAGGCGACAUAAGAAAUACUGUAGGAGGAAACCGUUGUAUGUAGACUUUACAGCUGUAGGUUGGACAGACUGGAUUUUUGCGCCUCCAGGCUAUCAGGCAUAUUAUUGUCAAGGCGAAUGUGAGUUUCCGUUUUCGGAGCACAUGAACGCUACAAAUCAUGCAAUAGUGCAGGACUUGGUGAACUCGAUAGACUCCAAGUCCGUCCCUAAACCGUGCUGUGUACCUACAGAACUGAGUCCUAUUUCACUUCUCUAUGUGGACGAGUAUGAAAAAGUGAUACUGAAGAGCUACCAGGAUAUGGUAGUAGAGGGGUGCGGAUGUCGGUGACACCUGCUCCGGAACUCAAGAGCGAAAAUGUGUAUAUGUGACAAAUCUUAUUUAUUGAAAUGAAAGUACUGUAAGAAAGAAUGUGAUUAUUGGUUGUGAUGUUAUUAGUAUACAUGUUUGAGCUGACAGAGCGCGUGUGUGAAUGUUAGGGCGAGAUAGCCAAUUGUACGAACUCACGUGUUCUCAAAUGUUACCCUGUAUCAAUCCAUCCAUUUUCCAUCGACCAACGUUUUCUGAGAAGAUGCUUUUAUGAAAAGUCGCUAUGUGUUGUUAUAGCGACUAUAUAUACAAAUGACAUAUCUGUGACAGAAAUGUGAAUUUAUCUUGACGUUAUCAUUUGCUGACGUCAUAUCGAUACUAAAUCUAGUCGUUCCAGUCUACAAGUGUUUUGUAAUCAUUAGAAAUUUAGAAAAAAGUUCAACUACAAUAUAUAGACUACCUCGCUAAUGUCAUGACUUCAUCGUAACCCGAUUAUAUUAGUAAUGAAGGAUGCGUUAUCACGUUACUAUCGCGUGUAUUGAAUGAAAUAGACAACGCUGUGUAUGAUAUUUUUGUAACGUAAUAGCCCCC